UUACACUAACAUGGAACCGGAAGUUGUUCCGUCGUUAGCGUGAGUUGGCACGCAUGCCGGAAGCAGAUUGAAACAACCAGGAAUUAAGCAACAGCAUAAGUUUUGACAGAUUUUCGUAGGAAUUUGGGGAGUCAUUUAGCUUUUUCUUCGGACUCUGUUAACAGAUUGCUGCCAUGAGUCUUCAGUGGACGGCCGUGGCUACGUUUCUGUACGCCGAAGUAUUUGCUGUACUGCUGCUGUGUAUCCCAUUCAUCUCCCCAAAACGAUGGAGUAAAUUUUUCAAAUCUCGACUGGUCGGUGUGAUUACGGCGUACGGAAACACGGCCUUCAUUGUGAUCAUUUGUAUCCUCGUCUUUCUUCUCGUAGAUGCUUUCAGAGAAGUAAGAAAGUACAGCGUUUCAGAGACGGUGGACCCGAGCAAUCACCCUGUGGCCAUCGAGCACAUCCACAUGAAGCUCUUCAGAGCUCAGAGGAAUGAAUACAUCGCUGGCUUCGCUCUGCUGCUGUGUCUGCUGUUGAGACGUUUGGCCACUCUUCUGUCCCAGCAGGCCACGCUGAUGGCCUCUAAUGAAGCUUUUAAGAAGCAGGCGGAGGGUGCAAAUACUGCUGCGAAGAAAUACAUGGAGGAAAAUGAGCAUCUGCAGGAGAAACUGAAGGAAGCAGGUGUGGAGGUGCCUGAGGUGGGUGGGAACAUCAAGACUAAUGCUGAGGAGAAGAAGAAUCUGGCCGAAGAGCUCCGACAGCUGAAGGAUGAACUUGAUGCGACAAAGAAAGCUCAUCAGAAGGCUGAAAGUGAUGUGAAGGCCAUGAAGAAGCAGGCCGAGAACCUCACAUCAGAGUAUGACCGUCUAUUGGACGAACACAGCAGACUACAGGCCAAAUUUGAUGCUCAACCGGAUAAAAAAUCGGACUAAAUGGACCACAAUGCACCUGGCCGCUUUCCUGCAUCGUCAUUGGCUGAUAGAAGCUCCGCCGGGUUACGUUUACUUCACUGGCUGUUAAGUGUAAGCUGGGUCCUGUUCCUCACAAACAUGUUUGUUUUUUUUGCUAUGAUUUAUUCAAAGUCAAGUUUAUGAAACACUGUACGAUGCUUUUUGCUGUGAUUUAUUUGUGUUUUUUGGUAAAACUAUUAUAUAAAGGUUUCGGUAAGAAGGGUGUGACAAACGAAAUGUAUUAAUGUUUCGUAAUUAAUGCCUACUGUUUUAAUAGAUUGACCAAAAACGAUAAACAAAUUUAUGAAUUAUUCCUAAUAGUUUUGCAUUUGCUUUAUUUUUCCUGCUGUAGAAAAACCUUUUGUCUGUCUGUCUGUCUGUGCUAUACGUAUGGAUAUAUGGUUGCAUGUUUUAGUUCAUAUUAAAUCCACAUUAUACACUAUACUUAACUCACUCCCUUCAGUUUAUGAUCAAUGAGCCACAUUUUUGACUGUCUAUAGGCAGAUAUCUUUGUGUUUUUUGCCUUGUAUGCCAUAGAUCACGUCUGUUUUGGGCUAUUGUUGAGCAGAGAGAACGGGUUUUAUCCGGUCUGGUCCUGUUUGAGGCCACAGAUUCAGUAUAAUCUGAUAUGAGCCGGGCAGAGCUGUUAUACACACGGGCUAAUAAAGCCACUUUGGCAGGAACAGUGAAGCGUCCACAGCUGAUAUUACAUUUCAAAACGCAACACACUGUAUCACUCUCCUUACAGGUCUCCAAACCAUAUUAACGUUCCGCUCGAAGGUUUACAUUUUAAGAAAAAACGGAUGUCUUGUUAUUGAAUACAUGAAUAUUUAAGUUUUUUUUGCGGGAUCAUUACAGAAAUGAUUGCAAAGCUUACAUGCGAUUCCUGAUUGCUUGAAAUCAUUCAACGUGAUGACAUCAUAGCUGUGUUAAAAUAGGGUGCCGAGUGAACGGCAUUUGCGCCAAUUCGGGUUCCAGGUUCAGUGACACGGUGUUUGAUAUUUCAGAUCUUCAUGAUGGUUAACAUGUUAAUGUGAGGAAUGCCGUCUGCAUCUGCAACCAUGACAAUAGUUUACCAUUUCAUUCGCUCUACAGGUGAAUUAGUUAAACAUUUACAAGAGAAACAGUUUAAAGGGAUAGUUCACCAAAUAUGAAAAUUCUGUCAUUUACUCACCCACUAGUUGUUACAAACCUGUAUACAUUUCUUUGUUCUCCUGAACACAAAGAUGUUUUGAAUUAUAUAGUUUUUGCAUUGACUUUUAUCAUAAAAAAUACUAUGGAAUGCCAAUGGUGCCCCAGAUCUGUCUGGUUAUUAACAUUUUUUAAAAUAUCUUCAUUUUUGAAAAAUAUAUAUUAGUGUUUCUAACCAAGCAGAUCUGGGGUACCAUUCACUUUUAUCGUGGAAAAAAUAUUAUGGAAGUGAAUGGUGCCCCAGAUCUGUUUGGUUAUUAACAUUUUUCUAAAUAUAAUUUUUAAAAGAUAUAUAUUAGUGUUUGUAACCAAGCAGAUCUGGGGUAACAGACUUCCAUCGUGGAAAAAUACUAUGGAACUCAAUAGUGCCCCAGAUCUGUUUGGUUAUUAACAUUUUUCAAAAUAUGUUCAUUUUUGAAAAAUAUACAGUAGUGUUUCUAACCAAGCAGAUCUGGGCUUCCAUUGACUUCCAUCAUGGAAAAAUACUAUGGAUGUGAAUGGUGCCCCAGAUCUGCUUGGUUAUUAACAUUUUUCAAAAUAUAUUGAUUUAGAAAAAUAUACAGUAGUGUUUCUAACCAAGCAGAUCUGGGGUACCAUUGACUUCCAUCGUAGAAAAAAAUACUAUUGGAAGUCAAUGGUGCCCCAGAUCUGCUUGGUUAUUAACAUUUUUUCAAAAUAUCUUCUUUUUUGAAAGAUAUAUAGUAGUAUUUGUAACCAAGCAGAUCAGGCGUAACAUUGACUUCCAUAGUAGAAAAAAACUAUGGAAAUGAAUGGUGCCCCAGAUCUGUUUGGUUAUUAACAUUUUUCAAAAUAUCUUCAUUUUUGAAAGAUAUACAGUAGUGUUUGUAACCAAACAGAUUUGGGGUACCAUUGACUUUCAUCGUAGAAAAAAUACUAAUUGAAAGUCAAUGGUGCCCCAGAUCUGCUUGGUUAUUAACUUUUUUCAAAAUAUUUUCAUUUUUGAAAAAUAUACAGUAGUGUUUGUAACCAAGCAGAUCUGGGGUACCAUUGACUUCCAUCGUGGAAAAAUACUAUUGAAAGCCAAUGGUGCCCCAGAUCUGCUUGGUUACAAACACUAUAUCUUCAAUAAAGAAAUUUAUACAGGUUUGUAACAAGUUAAAGGUGAGUAAAUAAUGACAGAAUUUUCAGUAAACUAUCCCACCCUUUAAAUGAAGAUGUUAAUGUAUAGCUGAAGAUGAAAGCAUGCAUUUGGAGGAGCAUUGCUUUAUUUUGAUGAGGUGUUUGGGGUUUUGAUGUCAGCAGAUGCUUUAAAUAUAAUGUUGCAUAAUUACCAAACCAAUAAAUGGACUGUAUAAUACCGUUAAA